AUGUACGCUGAGGUUUCUAUAAAAGAAAGAAUGCCGAUGCAAGUGAUGCUUGCACUGGCCUUUUUCGCAGCGGUGGCUGAUGCUGGUAUUAUGGGGCAAUGUCAAUGUGAUGCGUAUAUGAAGUGUGUAGAAGCUCAUAAACCCCAGGUGAACUUCAAGGAAUGCAUGAAAACGUGCAAGAGGGUAGUCGGUGACAAGGUGCCCACUGAGUACCCAGUUUGCCUGCACCAAUUCGAGCAUGUGCUUUCAAAUACAAUGAAGUGUGUUCACGACGGUACCGGCACUGGAUGUACCAGCAAUGAGAGUAAUGUGCUGAGGCGACGGAAUUUUACUGUAUUCGAGGAGAUCUUCCAGAAAGAUUUCAAGGAAAUCGUGGAGAAAGUCGGCAAAUGCGGUUUAUUCAUGCCAAACGAACUGCGGCUUGUGGACAACAUGGUCAAAUGCGCUUUACAGAACGACGUUUCCAAGGGAAUAAUGAUGGAAAUAGCAACCUGUUUAAGGAGUGUGAUGCAGAAACGAAAUGACGAUGAGGAAGACGAUAAGGACGAUAAGGCUGCGGAGUUCACCGACUGA